GCCACUAUAUCAUCCUGCAAGUAACAAGCUCCAUCUUCGUGCUUGCUUCCCUUAUCUUCUUUCUUUUUUCACCGCCAUGGAACCCACCGCAUCGGAAAUCCGCAUCGACUUCGCUCCGAUGCUUCGGGUAUACCAGGACGGUCGCAUCGAGAGGCUUUUAGGCACUCAAACUGUUCCACCAGGCCUCGAUCCCAAAACCAACGUCGAAUCCAAAGACGUCGUUUACUCCCAAGAAACCGCCCAAUGCGUUAGGAUUUACGUCCCCGGAACCGUCUUCACCUCCGCCCAGAAACUCCCUCUCCUCGUCUACUUCCACGGCGGACGCUUCUGCAUAGAAACCGCCUUCUCUCCUACGUAUCGCAAUUACUUAAACGCCUUAGUCUCCGAAGCUAAAAUCGUCGCCGUUUCCGUCGAUUACCGAAGAGCCCCCGAACACCCUAUCCCUGCCGCUUACGACGAUUCAUGGACUGCCCUUAAAUGGGUGGCUUCCCAUUACGACGGAAACGGUCCCGAACAGUGGUUGAACCGCUACGCCGACUUCGAAAACGUUUAUCUCUCGGGGGAUAGCGCCGGUGCCAACAUAGCACACCACAUCGCCAUUAAAACCAGCAAGGAGAAGCUCGACGGUAUGAAUCUCGUCGGUAUGAUUUUAAGCCACCCAUAUUUUUGGGGCAAAGAACCGGUUGGCGAUGAGGAUAAGAACCCAGCCGUAUGGGCGGAAAUCGAAGGGAUCUGGCGAUUGGCCUCUCCUACAACAAGUGGGUCCGAUGAUCCAUUGAUCAACCCCAUUGAUGAUCAAAGCUUUGGGAGGUUCUUAGGGUGCAAAAGGGUACUGAUUUGUGUUGCUGAAAACGAUAUACUGAAAUACAGGGGCUGGUACUACUGCGAGAAGUUGAAGAACAGUGGGUGGGAUGGUGAAGUGGAGGUGGUGGAGGCUGAAGGGGAAGACCAUGUGUUCCAUUUAAGCAAACCCUGUUGCUCAAAUGCUGUGGCUAAGCUGAAAAAAGUUGCAGAGUUCAUGAACCAGGAUAAGGCUUAAAAGUAGCUGUAAAAAAGUAUAAUUGGGAUAGUAAUUUAGUGUUGAAUUGUGUUUUGGAUGAUAAUAUGAACAAUACCCAGCAAUUCGAUUCGGAUUUGGAUUUUAAAUUUUUAAAGUUGUUUUUGGUUUGAAUUA